AUGAAGGGGAGCAGCUCUGAGGAUUCAAGCCACCUUGAGAAUGUGGUUCCAACUACUCCAACCCAAUAUGUCCAGGGAGACCUCACACCGGUUGAAAAACUACCUCACGAUCCCCAAAAUUGGCCACAAUGGAAGAAGAAUGCACAGAUAUUCAUGGUUGCCUUCCACUCCAUGAUGUGCACAAUCAUGGCAGCUGGUAUCAUCCCGGCUUAUGACACCUUUGCAGAGCAAUAUAACAUCACAGUGGCAGAUGCCAGUUACUUGACGUCCUUCCAGAUCCUAUUUCUCGGUCUCUCUCCACUGAUAUGGUGUCCAAUAACUGCUGUUUAUGGUCGAUACCCCGUGAAUCUCUUUUCAGUCUUUGCCAGUAUGCUCUGCAACAUUGGGGGCGCUAGAUGCACUACAUAUGGCACCCAAAUGGCUACCCGGAUCCUGGCUGCUUUCUUCAUCAGCCCACCUAUUGGCAACGGAAGCGGAAUGAUCACAGAAGUAUCGGAACCAGAACAUCGUGCGCAGAAGCUGGGAUACUGGUGUCUUUUGACUACUCUUGGGACGCCACUGGGCCCCUUAAUCUUCGGUGUUGUUGUGAAGCACAUCGGCGUCCAAUGGAUAUUCUGGAUAUUUGCCAUCAUCAAUUUCUGCCAAUUUGUCUUGUACAUUGCAAUAGGGGAUGAAACUAUCUUCGACCCGAGUUAUGACCGACAAGGACUCCGAAGUGGAAGAUUCAGUAGAAUGUUCCCUAGAAGGAUCACCACCCGUCAAUUCCAGCUACGAGAUAUCCUGGCACCGUUCUCUCUGGCCAAACACCCCCGUGUAUUGAUCCCUGCAUGUGCCCACGCUAUCACCUUCUGCUAUGCUAACAUCGCCUUGAUCGUUGAAAUGCCAAUCUCAUUUGGCGAGAAGUUCCAUUUCGACGCACAGCAGAUUGGCUUGCAGUUUAUCGCUAUUGUCAUCGGAUGUGUUCUUGGCGAGCAAGUUAGUGGACCUAUGUCGGACUGGUUCCUGAAGAGUGUGCGUCGGAGAAAAGGACACUCUUGCCCGGCAGACCGGCUGUGGCUUUCAUAUAUUGCAUUUGCGACUGUAUUUGCAGGCCUCUUGAGUUGGGGGUUUCAGCUACAGCACGCAACGACAUGGAAUGUUACACCCUGCGUUGGUGCAGCUAUUGCUAGCUUCGGCAACCAGAUGCAGACAACUAUUCUUACAACAUUUGCGGUGGAAAGCAAAUCGGAAAGAGCAGCUGAAGUUGGCGUUUUUAUCAAUGUGUUCCGACAAAUUUAUGGAUUUCUUGGCCCUUUUUACUUUCCUGAUAUGUUCUCUGCCUUAGGUCUGGGCGGAGCUGCGGGUGUAAUGGUUGCUAUUAUAGCUGGCUGUUCACUGUGUCCAAUUGUCGCCGUUCACUUUGUAGCUACUCGAAAUGAUAAUCACCAGUGA